AAUAAUAUAUAUUAGGGCUGUAGGGCUGAAAGAUGGUUCCCUAUGAGUCUAAACAUCUAGGUUAAAUUAGAACACUAGAGUUAACUUUCUGAAAAUAUCGCGGCCUUCUCUCUCUCUCUCUCUCUCUAGUGUUGUCUUCAAUCUUCUUCAGAAAGAUGAUCAUCCCUGUCCGUUGCUUCACUUGUGGGAAGGUUAUUGGAGAUAAAUGGGACACGUAUCUUGACCUUCUCCAGGCAGAUUACACAGAAGGAGAUGCUCUUGAUGCACUAGGCUUAGUUAGGUACUGCUGUAGACGUAUGCUCAUGACCCAUGUUGAUCUCAUCGAGAAGCUUCUCAACUACAACACUCUUGAGAAGUGUGAAGGAACCUAAAUCAUCAUCCCCCCCAUCUUUAUCAACAACCUCUAGUUUUUACCCCCUUUUUGUUUCUUUCUUGCAUAUAUAUUGAUGAUGAUAUGAUUUUAAGCUUUGUGGGAUGAUGAUGAUGUAUUGGGAUCAACUAUUUUCUUUCUUGCUAUUAUAAUGUACUUUGAUCUUAUUUACUAAAAAAUGUAAUGGGUUCGUUUUAAAAUCUAAUACUAGGAAGGUAAGCAAUUGGGUUUCUUCACCC